AUGUCUCAAAUUCACCCGGUCAAUGUCAACAUCAUACCUGGGUUGCGUAUCCAAACUGACUCGGUUCUUGGUCAAGGAGGUUUUGGAAUAGUAUACCUUGCUCAAUCGAAUGUUCCUCAGUCGUACCCGGAGAAUCAACCACCUGCGCCGUAA